AUGUCCGCCGGCGGCUUAGAAGUCAAUAGUGUUGCCUUUGGCGCCAACGUUGAUGGGGAUGUCUCACAGAUAUGGAAACAAGUCGAGAUUCGCGUUGUGCAGAUGGCAGGAGACUCUUCCAAGAUCAACCAGAAUCUGGACAUAAAUAGCGUCCUGCAACAUUUGGAGCAAGCCCACUCCAAGGACAAGAAGGCGUCUGAGAAGUAUGGUACCGUUAAGAACCUUUUCAACCGAACCCUGCAAUGCAUCCAGACUGUAGGAGGCAUCAUCGCAGACGAGGCAUCAUAUUUGUUUGCUCCAGCUGGUACCUGCUACAAUGCUCUCACAUUCGUGAUUCAGGCCUGGCAGGGCUAUGAAGGUAUCUUUGAGAGCCUCGGUGGCCUUCUCGAGAAAUGCACGGAGUUUCUGGAACGACUUACCUACUACACUGAUUUUGGCAUGGACUCGAAGCUUACCAAGAUCGCCUGUCAGCAUCUCCAGAUCUUCGUGGACAUCUGUGACCAUACCCUCAAGCUGCGCUCCAAGCGGACCAAGUUUGCUGCUUUCAUAAAGCAGAUGUUCCUUAAUGACGAUGGUGUACAGGACCUUUUGGGUGCCAUGAAGAACCUGAUGGAAAAGGAGCAUGGACUCGUAUCUGCACAAACUUGGAAAUCAAGCAACGAAGCUGCCGCCAACUCGAAGGACGGGUUAUCACUGACGCGUAACAUGCAUACCAGCCUGGUUGACGAUAGAAAGCAGAAGCAACUUGAGAGAGAUAUUGACAGUUGGAAACUCAUCAUUGUCAACGCCCUGGACUUGGACCGCGCCAUACUGGAACCUGGUCGUGAGCCAUGGGAUAAAAUGUGGAAACGGCACAAAGGCAAUAUCCUCGAGGGCAGCGGUGAGUGGCUUUUCCAAGACUCUCGCUUUACUCGCUGGGUUUCUAGUUCCCAAGAUUCGAAGGGUAUCCUGGCCCUCGAGGGUGAAGAAGGGGCUGGCAAGACACUCCUUGCUUCCAAUGUCGUCAUUCAUCUACGCAAGAUGAAGGGGUCGGGAAAGAGAGUCGUUACUGCACACAACUUUCUCGACAUCGAUUCCAAAUCGACUACAGACGCCAACGACGCCAAUAUUAUCUCCAGAUAUGUCAUGUGUCAACUCGCACUAGCAGAAGAUCCCGUCAUGAAGAGCAUCGCAGGUAUUUGUGAGAAAGCUCAGUCCUUUAGCAGCCCGCUAGACAUGUGGACACAGCUGCUCCUCGAGAACCAAGACCUGCUGGCUAUGGAUGUGGCAUUCUAUAUCGUACUGGAUGGACUAGAUGCCAAUGCUGAGGUUCUAAUCAACUUCUUGCAACGGUUCUCCGACAAUCCGAUCAUCCAGAGAACUCGUAUACUCUUAACCGGAAACAAAGAGCUCUUUUACGCCAUCAAUUUGGCUGGCGGGGUCAAGAUGGAUAAGAUUGUGCUCGAAGACGCAAACAGUAAGGACCUUAUGCUGUAUAUCAGCAAGCGAAUGGAUAGUAUGGAUAUCCUCAGAAAUACGUCCAGGCCGGGUGUUUCUGAACUAAGGACAAAUAUUCUCUCAUCUCUACAGUCGUCUACAAAGGGAGACUACUACAAGGUCGAGCGAGUGCUCGAUAAUAUUUCCAAAACAGACGAUGUCGAUGAGAUUGACGCUCUGCUUGAAUCAGCGGGCAACGUAAGACCCGACCAAAUCGAGGCUGAUAUCGAGAAGUUGAAUCAGCAGCGCACGCCAAAGGAGAUCCCUGAGAUAAAUGAGAUGAUUCUUUGGGUCAACGAUGCACGGAUAUGGUUCUCACCAACCGAGAUUGAAGCAGCACUCGCUCUCAAAGCUGGCCCCAAAGCAAGCACCUCACUCAUGUCCAUCGAAGCCAAGAUUGCGUCGAAAUACACCAUCUUUACAACCGAUUCAGGCCUUGUCCAGUAUAAGGUUGGUGAAAUCCAAAGAAAAAUUCCCCUCAAGAAACGAGACGUUGAGGACAGUGAAAGCUCCAGUGGUUUCAAGGAGAUCCAGCCUGCUGAGGUUAAUAUCAUAAAGCACUACCUCUUAACUAUCUGUCCAAGCGACCUGUACCAGAAAUUCGGGUUCGAUGAUUUCUUCGAUUUGAAGAUGGCUCGUGAGGGUAACUACAUCUGCCGAGACCCGGAUAACUCCCAAGCUUCUAUGGUCUUGCGCUGUAUAAAGUGCCUUACCGAUCAGCGCACCGAGAAGACGGAGCGUCUUUUGGAUUAUGCAUCUGGAAACAUCCAUAUUCACCUGAAGGACACUGACCUAUCUUUGACGGACCGUUCUCUAAAGGCUAAAGUUGGGACUGCUUUACUUAGACUGUUCACCGAGCAGUAUUCUCUCGACUCCUUAUUCGGAUUUCACUUGCUUCAUGAGGAUGCUGACGAAGUGCAAUUUUCCAAGGACGAUCUCCCUGAGAGCUGGAAAGACUCGGCUGUCAUCGAAGAUGUCAAGGAUAGGUCAUUGGUAUCCUCGUUUAAUGCACCCGACGCCAAUCGCCAUUUGGCUCUUUUUGGCUCCUCUUCAAGAACAGCCGCUGAAGACUUGUUUUCAAAGGACACGACUCAGCAUGAGAUUAUUCGGGCCUAUAUUCUCCUCGAUACAAUUCUCACCAAGGACCAACACCCCACUGAGAAAAGCGAGAGGCCAAACGAUAGGGCUGAGUUAACAGAGACAGUCUCGGGCAAUGACAAGGAGAAAAAGACAGAAGAUGGUGAAGACGUCGAUUCCGUCCAUAGCCCGGCCUCAGCAGACAUCCAAUGGUUAGAAGAUUGGGCACAAGAGAUACUCAAAGUGUCGGAUAAAGACUCCAAAUGGGAGUCCCAGGCAUCGCUACUUCUUUCUCACGUGGCAGGCGAAAAGAUUCCCAAGUCAGUUGCAGAAGAGAGAGCACGAAAGGCGUUGGACAUGAAUCCAGAGAGUUGGGUCGCCUCCUACGCACUAUCUCAAGUCAUCGAAUCGAAAGAAGAGUCUCUUAGUCACCUUGAGAAAGUACUUGAUAAGGUCAUGAAAGACAAAGAAUGGCAGAAUGAGCGAGGCCACAAGAGAAUCUUGGCACGAGUCAUAUACAGUCUUGGAGACAAAUGCUGGGAAGAUGGUGAAAGACAGGAGGAAGCCAUUGCGACAUAUUCCAAGGUUUUUGACCUUAAUAGGUCAAUCCAUCUUUUCAAUAGCUUCUCAGGUGUUCUCCAAAAGUAUUCUACAGCUAGCUGCUGGGAGCCCAUGAUCACUUUCUUCGAACGGCUGCUUGACGAGCCUAAAGACGGCCCCAACACAGCAGGCGAAUAUGAUCUCCUUGAAAAACUAUUUGUUCGGGCUAUUGCAAAGGCCACCUCCAAGGGUGACCACGACGAUCUCUUCACAAUCCGAUACUACUACGGCAAGACUCUUUCUAGCAUCAAAGGCCACGAAGAAGCUGGUAUCGCGGUAUGGGAGCUCUAUAAAAGCGAGGCUACGAAUGAACUUCACGAGCGGGCUGUCAACUCGAUCGAUACCUACACGGUACCCGCAUGGCUAGAACUUGCUACUGCCAAAGAUAUUGAUUCAGCAAGAGCCCAGGGCUUCUUUGACAAGAUCGAGGCCGCGUACGUUGAGUUUGAAGCUCUUGAGUCACAUGAUAUCGAGCCUACUGUUGCUUUUGCGCAGUCUUUCAGGUACCGCGGUGACACCGACAAAGCUAAGCAGAUCUUACGACCGCGUGUGACGGAAGCGCUUGAGAUGCUCUCUGAUGACCGCACAGACAAUGAUCUGUACUCACUAUACAACCUCGGGCAGGUAUUGGCUGUAAUGCGGGAUUUUCCUAAUCACAUAACCUGUAUGGAUCUAAUGCGCCAGGCCUUACGUGUAGCCAAAGCAGGGUGUACCAAACUCGCUGCCAAGUAUGAAGAAGAGGACUCCCAAAUAGAGCUCGCCAUGUCAAAGGGUGAGACUUUUCGUCGAACCAUCCUCUCAUUGCCUGACGACCCUGGGACGGCGAUUUACGAAUGCGAUGGAUGUGGAGCAGAUUUCGCGUUUGCAAGUGAGCUUUGGACUUGUCUGAGCGAAAGUGGAGGUGUGCAGAUAGAUGAUAAGUGCUACAGGAAGCUUAAAGAAGGAAAUUUGGGACCGGUAUGUGGCAAGGAACAUGAACACUACUGGGUGCCAAAACGCAAUGUUGAGGAGAUUGAUGCGGUUCCGAUUGGCUCUAUCAAGUUGGGAGAGGAGAUUAUGUCAUUUGAGGCUUGGAAAGACAAGAUUCGAAAACAGUAUGUUAGUACCGGUAUAGCCACAUAA